CGCCUCGUACCUUUCUUUCCCUCACAGGGAGGAGGAGGAGGAAAAGGCGGGUCAGAGGGCUGGGCUUUGCAGGUUGCGAGCCCAAGGAAGAGAAGGAGAAAGAGAGCGGCGAGAAGGAGCCUUUGUAUCCCUCCCUUUGCGGAGGAGAGAGAGAAAGGGGAGGAGAGGCCAAUGUGGGGCUAGGCUGAGGGAAAGGCAGGCAGGGAGGAGUGAGGCUGCGGCUUUUUUGUUUCCCAGCGCGGGGAUGGGCGCGCCUUGAAGGAGCUCGGAGAGCCUGGUUGAAGGCGCCUCCUCUUGCCCGCGUGCCCUCUAUGGGCGCCUGAGGCCGGAUGGCGAUCGACCGGCGCCGAGACGAAGGGGGAGGCGAGGCGGGCGGGCCCCUCCCCGAGGAGAACGGCGCCCUGCCGGCCGGGGAGGCGGACCCCGCUGCGGUUGCCGAGGCCCCUGCGGCUGCUGCUGCGGUAAUCGCGGUUGCGGAGAUCCAAAGCGCGCCGCUGCCCGCCCCUCCGCCGGGGCCCUGCAGCCCUUUGCUGCUGGACUACGAUGGCUCCGUGCUGCCCCUCCUGGGAGGCCUGGGCGGCGGGCACCAGCGCACCCUCAUCCUCCUCACCUGGAUCCCGGCCCUCUUCAUCGGCUUCAGCCAGUUCUCGGACAGCUUCCUCCUGGUGCAGCCCGUCUCCUGGUGCAAGGGCGCCAACGGGACCGCGCACCCGCCCGUGCCGGUGCGGAACCUGGGAUACAACUACAGCAGCGCCGCCGACAACAACGGCACAAGCUACAGCCGGGGCAUGCAGGCCGCCCCCGAGCUGCCCACGCCCGAGGCCCCCAACCAGAGCUAUUGCGAGUGCACCGAGAGGUACCACCGCAUCACAGCGGGACUCCGGCAGAACAUCGUCAGCCAGUGGGAUCUUGUCUGUGAUUCUUCUUGGAAAGUCCACAUUGCGAAGUUCUCUCUGCUUGUAGGAUUAAUCUUUGGCUACCUAAUAACAGGAUGUAUAGCUGACUGGAUUGGUCGUCGACCAGUGCUCCUCUUCUCUGUCUUAUUCAUUUUGAUAUUUGGACUAACGGUGGCCCUCUCGGUGAACGUGACAAUGUUCAGCACACUCAGGUUUUUUGAAGGGUUUUGCCUGGCUGGGAUAAUCCUUUCACUGUAUGCACUGAGGAUAGAGCUCUGCCCUCCCAAUCACCGCUUCAUGAUCACAAUGGUGGCAAGUUUUGUAGCAAUGGCAGGCCAAUUCCUCAUGCCAGGUUUGGCUGCCCUCUGCCGGGAUUGGCAAGUUCUCCAGGCUGUCAUCAUCUGCCCUUUCCUGUUGAUGUUACUGUAUUGGUUUUUUUUCCCAGAAUCCCUUCGGUGGCUGGUAGCCACACAGCAGUUUGAAACUGCGAAGAAGCUCAUCCUGCACUUAACAUGCAAGAAUAGGACGAGCACAGAAUGUGAUAUCAAAGGAGUGAUGCCUGGCCACAGGUCGUCCCUCACAGCUCUGCCAGGAAGUGAGGAAAAGGAGCGCCCUUCACGGAGCUCUCGUGGCUUUGCUACCAGGGAGUUCCUGAUGGGGGAAGUGGGAAGCAGCCAGGCUGGAGAGCUGGAGAAAGAACUUGCUCGGAAGCCAAAGAAGGUCUGCAUUGUUAAAGUUGUGGGAACAAGGAACCUGUGGAAAAACAUUGUUGUACUCUGUGUAAAUUCACUCACUGGAUUUGGGAUACACCACUGUUUUGCAAAAAGUAUGAUGGGUCACGAAGAUAAGAUGUCCCUCACCAACAAUUUCUAUGCGGACUACUAUACCAUGGCAGGAAUUGCCUUGAUCUCCUGCCUGGUCAUGUGCCCAGUGGUUGGAUUCCUUGGGCGAAGAGGGGGGCUGCUGCUCUUCAUGAUUCUCACUGCUCUGGCUUCCCUUUUGCAACUAGGCCUGCUCAACUUGAUAGGAAAAUAUAGUCAACUUCCAGACUCAGGUAUGAGUGAUACCGUAAAGGAGAAGUUCUCCACUACAUUUUCCAUUGUGGGUAUGUUUUCAUCGCACGCAGUUGGAAGUCUCAGUGUGUUCUUCUGCGCAGAAAUCACACCAACAGUGAUAAGGGGCGGCGGGCUGGGUCUUGUGCAAGCCAGCGCUGGCUUCGGUAUGUUGACUGCGCCCAUCAUGGAACUCCACAACCAGAAAGGCUACUUCCUCCAUCAUGUGAUCUUUGCCUGUUGCACCCUCAUCUGCAUCAUCUGUAUCCUUCUGUUGCCUGAGAGCAAAAACCAGAACUUGCCAGAGAACAUUCCUGAUGGCGAACAUUACACCCGGCAGCCCCUCCUGCCGCACAAGAAGGGGGAGCAGCCCCUGCUGCUGACAAACUCCGAACUCAAGGAUUACUCUGGCUUGCACGAUUCAGCAGCUGCCGUGAAUGACAGUGCAGCCGAGAGCGUCACGGCCAAUGGGAUGAAAGCGAUGUAGCUGAUUGGAGGAGGAGCGCUUUGGCAUGGGCGGGCUUUCCGCAGAAGGUUUACAGACCAGUGAAAGAAGGGAUGGAUACACAGGGGAAUCGGACUCCGCUGCUCAAACCACUUCUUGUAGGAAUCUUUGGAACGCAUUGGCUUUGGAAACCGUUGUUUGGGGGGCGGGCGGGGGGAAGGCAUUUUCAAAGCAAGUUGAAUGGAGAGAACAGCACAUCAGAACAUUUCUUUCCUCCCCACCAUGAAAUAUUUCUAUUUAUUUUGAUGAUUUUGUUUCUGUUUCCAUGAAGCACUUUAUCACCUCAUUUUUUUCCUCUUUGGACCACAAACACAAAAGCCAUUUGUUCUCCAGAAGAGUAGCCAUUCCAAGAAAGAAAUCAUAGGGUUUGUUCUUUUUGUUUUCUGUUUUGCUUGGGUUUUUUAAAUUGUCUUUUGCGUUUUUUUGUUGGAGGAAUGAGGUGUGUCUUGCUGGGACAGUUAAAUUCAUUGACUACUGAUGUUUUCUUAAUCUGUUCAGAAUCACCCAAUCCCCCUGUCUCUUUCCUGCUCCCUUCAAACUGGUUUAUCUGAUGUUCAUUCAGAAAACACAACUUAAAAUUUCAAAAUUAACAUUCUCGAUAGAUUUGGGCUAGUGAACCCUGAUAUAUUUUUAAAAAACUGUUUCUAAAUUUUAUACAAAGUGGAGUCCAUCUGCCAAUCAAAGCAGAAAACAAAGUUUUGCACAAGCAAAGUAUUCCCCAUCCACCCCAAAGGAAAUCAGGAAUGUGGGCUGAAAUGGGAAAUGUGUCUCUCCAUAAAGAAGUCUUAUGGGUGUUCAUUCUUAAUGAUAAGCAAUGCCUGGAAAAAAUAAUGCAUUGCUCAGUGGUAAACCCAGUGCUUUACCAUGACUUGUUCUGAACAUAACAGGAAGUGUCAGAAUGCUUAGGAGAAUAUGUCCAGGUUGGGAAAAAUGAUAGCCAAGAGUGUCUAGGAUUCUGAAAUGCAUCAAGGCUGGAUUUCUGGCUGUCUCAACAUAGAUUCAACUGUGUACCCAUCACAGUCCCAAGAAUGUUUACUUUUUAACGUGAUAAUACUGUAAAAGAACUGACACAAUACAUUGAAAUGUCAGAUUGGGGGAACAGAAGUGUGAGAAAUGGAGAAUAAACCAUUGGAAGAAUGGCCAAAGCCAUCUCCAUAUGGAGACUGGUAAUUUUCCCAGUUUUUCAAGGAUAUUGUCAGCUGGCUGCCAUCUUCAAUACGAAAACCUAUAGGAAAUGGCCAUUAAGUGCACCAAAAUAAAAUCCUAAGUGCUCUUGUAGAAUUUCUCACCCACCAGUCAAUUAAAUCAACUAUUCCCAUGGGAUCACUUGGUUGAAAAUAGACACUUGAUACCCUGAACCCUAAAUCUGCUUGGAGGUAGUGUCCGCUGAAAUUCAGCAGAACUUGCCUCAGCAUAAAACGUGUUUUGGAACAGUGGGUUGGGAAGCAACAUUAAACUUCUUUCCUUUCCCCCCAAAGAGCUGGACAUGAGUUAUGCCAGCCAUUUGUCCUUCUGAAAAUGUUGGUUUCUUAAAUGUUGGCUCUGAGAGGAGAGCCAUUUAGUGCCAGGUUCAUGCCACAAGAUUCUGAACAUGUGGCAACUUGGAGUUAGUUGUUUGCCCUCCCUCCCUUUCUGAUCUGACCAUCCAUUUGUGAUUGACUACCAAGUGGUACAGCCAUUUUUAAAAAGUGAAUGCAGCCUCCCAGUGUGCAGUGAUGUCUUGAGCCAUCCAUUUCACAGUCACUUUGUUUGAAAUAUAUCCUGCAUUUGCGGGCAAAGGGCAGGGCUCACUGUUCAGUCACCCACCCUGCCAUGUCCCUUCUUUGCUCUAAAUAUUGUCUGUAGACUUGACUUUAUCUGUGUUUCUCUUCCCGUCUUCUGUCAAACUGCUUUUUGCGUUCCUACGGCCUGCUCCGAGCUCAACACACGGCUGCUUGUCACACGGCAAAGUACCGUAGUACCCUCCAGCACUGGCUGGCUAAAUUUGCUAGUGGGGUGAAAUGGACCUGGGGCAUAGACACAUGUUUAUGUACUUGAGAAGAAAAAUAAUGUUGUCUUAAAGCUGCUAAUUUUCAUACAGAGGAAGAGAUACUUGGGAAAAUCUUUUUCUCAAGCCUGGUGAGGAAAAGAACAAAAUGAAACACUGGAUUUGUGUGUUUUCUCUCCCUGAAGUGCCAUUGCUGUGAGACUUGCAGGGGGGAAAUGUGUGAGCCCAAUCUUUCUUAUGUUCUCUAGUAAGCCGUCUGGCUCUGCCCACCAAAGGGCCACCCCUCCUCCAUUCUUUUAAUGUUCAGACAAUUACAGUCCUUACAUUUACAUUGGGAGGGAAACAAAAACAAACCAUGGCCUUUUGAAUUGUGCAAUAUUCAUGUGCCAAAAUUGUGUGAUGCCUUUUGCCUUUUAUAUAAUGCUUUUCUUACAAGCAAUGUAUCAGGAACAAUGAGUUUGUUGUUAGAUCUGUGAAGGACAAGUUGGAUGUGCUUUUCAACAGAGCGAGGCCUUGAAAGGCAUUAGAGAGAAAAGAGAAAGAACAUUGAUUGUCAACACGCAAAGCCGACACACAGCACUUUUACAGUCCAUGUGGUACAGAACAGCUUUUUAAUUCCCACCUCUGUGCAUAUAUCUUUAGAGUACUAAUCAUGUUGACCACUCACCAGCCUAUGGAGUUUAUUGCAUUUUAGUGCCGUUUUGAAGUCCCUGUCGUGCUCAUUUGCACCAUCUGCUGUGAUUUUCCUGUUCUAAUGUUAAGCUCCUUUAACUUUACAAGCAAGCAGGACUAGAGAGAAGGGUAUCAGCAUAUGUACAUAACAAUGUAAGCCUGUGACAGGAGCACUUGAUGGUUCUCCUAUAUCCUUCACCUUUUGAUUUUAUUUUGGCCUUAAAUGUGACAUUUGGAAUUAGUACUUUACAAUUCAUCCCCAACUUGUCUCGUGGUUUGCUUGGGUUAAUAUAGAACUGAGUUAGCUUCCCAUAGUGCUUUGACUGAAGGGUUUUUUUUAACUAGCCUAAUAAGUUGUAUUAAAUAACUGAUUCAAGACAGCCUUGAUGAAGAGAUUAGAAAAAAGAUAAAUUAUUCUCUUGGCAAAAAAACAAAAACAAAAAAACACCAUAGUAUAAUCCAAUGCUGACCUAGAUGACUUGAAUGCUUCCAAGACAGACAGCUCGUAGCAAUGUCACUGUGCAACUGUUCUGUCUUUCCCUGUUUAGUAUUUUUCCCUCCAUAGCAAAAAUCAUCUAGAGACUGGGGAGGUUUCCAGUGGCUUUGCUGACUGAGAGAUUCCAGGAUAUGUAAUCCAAAAAAGUAACUGUUCCAACUGGGGGUGAGGGAUUGGAGUUUACAGAUGGAAGACAACAUCAGGAUCUUCUGAGUGAAUCGGGUUGAUCAUCCCAUCAAACUCCUUUGGGAAGCACCCUCUUUUGGAAGCCCUAUAUACACAGGGUAAAAAUGUAUGGAUCCUUGACCUCCAAUGGAGCCUUAGCUGCGGUGUUGCAAGCUUGCUGUGGUGUCCCAGUGCUUAUCUAUGUAUAGACAUUGACAAGAAUACUCCAUCACAGUUUACAUAACAUAACAUGACAUAUGCUUAGCCACCUAACACUAAGAAAUCUAGUCAUGAAUUACAAAGAUGUAUAAUGAAACGUUGCAUCCCAAUGCAUGUCAGGCCUGUUGUAUGUUGGUUCAAGUACACAUCAGUCACUUUGUUGCCUCCCUAUGUAAUAACACAACAGCAGUCUUUUUCUAGAUACAGAUAUGAUGGUACUGCCUCAGUCUAAUUCACAGACACAAGUCCACUUACAAAGAUGCAAGUCCCCAACAGAAUUCCAACCCAUUCGAGUCUGUCAAAUAGUGAGCUCUUUUCAUAUUCUUCAUAUUUUCUUGGUGCUCCAUGCAGUCAUGCCGGCCACAUGACCUUGGAAAUGUCUACAGACAACGCCGGCUCUUUGGCUUAGAAAUAGAAAUGAGAACCAACCACCAGAGUUGAACACGAUUAGACUUAAUGUCAGGGGAAAACCUUUUCCUUUACUAUAUUUACUUGGAUCAGUCAGUCCAGCACUUGGUUUCUGAGGCUUUCUUUACAUAUAUUUACUGAGUAUUGCAGUCUGUCAGCCGUUUGGUAGACCAUAGGUGGGCUCAUGUGGGUCAGCAACUCUCAUCAGCCAAUACACUCUGAUAUAAAAUAUGCAGAGGUUUGAAGUCCCAACCAAAAUUAAAGGGUCUUGAGCUGGUUAUCCAAAGCUUAGGCCUUUCAUUGCACAUCACUUACCUAUUCCAUAGGUGUAAGUGGCCUGCCUUUUGUCAGGGAAACAUGUGGGACUUGCUCACAUUCCAUUUUGCAGAGUGUGAACACAACUCUGCGACAGUUCUACCAGACACAUUUUUCUCAGCAUGCAGCUAUAAUAAAGUGAUAGUGGUACAUCUUGGAUAAACAAGUUUUGCAAUGUUUUUCUGUACCUCUAAUGUCCUGCAAAAUUCUGUUUGAGUAAUACCAGAAAGAAAUGAGCAUCUACAUGAGGAAGAACUGUUUCCAGAAUCCCUGAUCAUAGGCCAAGGUUACUAAGGUUUCUGAGAAUUGAAAUCCAAAACACUUAAGAGGACUAGAGUUUGAGAAUACUACUCUAUCAUGCCAUUUUGGCACUUUAAAAAACCCUUUUGUCUUCAACCUAGUUUUCACAAACUAGAAGUAGAAUACCUUUGGCCUUUUACAUGCUUUUGCUCCCAGAAUACCUUACAUUGGCCAUGUUGGUUUGGGCAUCUGGGAGCUGGUCCUAACCCUGCUUAAGACUUGGGUGGUGCUUCCUUUUGUCAAGGAAUUAUAUUUACAUGCUGCUUCAAGUGGCGAUCUCUAGCAGUAAAGUGCACACAUGACUCCCUUGCACAUUUCCCAGAGAACACUCGGGUGCAUUGGCAGCAGUGGGCAUGGCUUUUAGGCAUUCCUCACCAACCCCACAAGAGGGAAUGUUUGGACACCUUGCUAAAAGUAAUAUUUUAGCAUCAAGCAGAAGUUCAGUGCCAUUUUCCUCCCCGCCUGGUGAACAAGUGUGUGAUGCCACAGGCAAAUCGGACCCAUUAUCUGGACCUCCUGGACCUAAAGCCGUCAUGGGAUCUACAUCAUAACAGCUUGCAGUUUUGGCAUGCCCACAUCGUGUCAGAAGUUAUUUUUUUUUUUUGGAUUACACAUCCUAGAAUUUCUCAAGAGGAAUCUGACAAUUCUAGGCCCAAAGGUCAACUCUUCCUAGCUCUCUAUUGUAUUCUGAUAAGCUUCUGGUGAACCAUCCCAAACUGUUCUGAUACUAGGCUAGUGAGGAGCUUACCACUAACAAAUUUUGUCUUAGCCGUGAAACAUUUAGACUAGAAAAGACUGUAGCCACUGUAGAGUGAGGUGGGCAACUUCUUUUCCAGACAUGAUAGUAUAAUUCCCAGUAUCCCUUACCAUGGACCUUGCUGCUAGGGGGUAAGCCUUAUGUAAACUGCAUCCCCAAAUAGAUACAGGAAGAUGUAGUUGCCCCCUCCCAGACUAGUCCUUUAAUCAUUGUCCAGCGAUUAAGGAUGGCAUGGAGCAGUUGGCAGGCUUUGUAGAAAAACACCACCAUCCCGGAUCAUUGUUCAAGAACUAAGGUUGGCUAUCAUCCCAAGAGAGGGAGGCAUUUUACAUUUGCAUCCUAACAUGGAAAACACUGGUCAAUGUACUGUGUUCAGGUCACUGGGUUGGAAAUAUGGCUCUCCUGAUGUUGUUGCACUGAAACACUUGUCAGGCUUCACCAUUGCUAAUGGUGAAGGUUCAUGGGUGCUGAAGUCCAACAACACCCAGAAUACCAAUACAGUGUUCCCUCACUUAUCACUGAGGUUAGGCUGUAAAUUGUAAUUGUUUUAUGAUUUAUAAUAGUCUAAGAAUUUAUUGAAAAACUGCAAAACGGCGAAUCCACGAAAAGUGAACCGCGAAGUAGUGAGGGAACACUGUAUUCCAUAUUCCUGGCUUAGCUCUUGUUUCUUCUUCUUUUUACUGAGCCAAGUUCAGCCAGUCCAUAUGGCUUUUAAAUUACUCUUAUUAAGAGGCAUUGAAAAUGGUUUUUUUUUUUUCAUAAUCGUUUAACAGAGUGGAAAUUAUUAUCUGGAAUGAAUUGAAAAACCCUCACAUUUUUAGUACAAAUUGUGCUACCAAAAUACUAUAAAGAUGGAAUAGAAAACCACUUUAUUAAUUCUGUGCAAAUGCAUUCCUAUUUGAGUGUACUGAACUACUGGCUGCAUUUGUUUUGGUUAUUUAAUUGGAAGUAUUGCAUUUUUGUUGCCAAUUCCCAAAAGCCAAACAAGUGGGGGAGAAAAAAAUUAUCAAAUGCAGAAGUGCCAUAAAAAAAACUCUGAAUGUCAUACAAGUUGCAUCUGUAGCUGGGUCAAAAAGGCAACAGGGAAGUGUGGUGGCAGAUCUUCACACUUGAUUUUUUUUUUUUAAUUAACAGAACCUCAUUUUUCAAUAUAGUGUGUGCAAAUACGUUUUGGGAACAGAGUAGUGUGCAAUGUCUGUAGUGGGUGAGAAUCCCCUUCCUUUCCCCCCAAUUUCUGAUGAAGUUUUUAUUGACUAAUUGUUGUUACUGUAUGGGGUUUUUUUGAUCAUGAGUAGUUUGGUGCUUCUUCAUGGCACAAGCUUAAAAAAUCAACUACUGAAGAACAGUCUUAAAAGCUAAGUGUCUGCAUGAUGUUACAUCCGGUGUACCUACUGAAACAACUUUGUAUGUAAAUGUACAGGAAUAAAAACGGACGUUGCCCGGUUAGCA